CUUGGGAUGGGAAUUCCCGGUUUUGACGACGUCGGCAAUCUUCUCCGCUGUCAGUUUUCCUUGUCAUCUUGUGCUCCAAGUUCAUUCAGACAGUGUUUCGUCUGUUGAAUCUAGCGAUGGGGAGCUCCAACUCUGUCCUUGGAACUCCACUUGACGAUGUUUACAAACAAGAAGUGGGGAUGGAGUCACUUCCUGUAGAGGUUUUGGAAAUGAUCACAGAACGCCUAACUCCGCAGGAACUAUCAGCGUGUUGUGCCGUCAGUGUGGACUGGAGAGAUGCCUUCAACCAGGACAGUCUGUGGAGGCCACACUGUAACAAGGACACGGCAGAGUACCUGGAGACUGCGGAGUGUAGAGUGGAGCCGAGAUUCGAGUCCCCGGAGUCGGAGGACAGCACGCUGAGUCCUGUCUGUCGCUGGAGGAUGUGUUACAUGCGUGAGAUCCACCUGCGGAACAACUGGAGACAAUGGAAUUUCGUCAGAGAUGAAAUAACGACGCACGAAAACGUACAAGUUGCCAUGUACGCUUUCGUUUCACGUGACUAUUUAAUAACGUCGAGUGGACAACAGUUCUUGUUAUGGGACAUCAGAGGCGUUCCCGUACUCGUAGGAAGUCCUUUUAGUGUAUUAUUUCAAGGUAAUAGCUAUUUUUGUGAUAUGAUAAGUGACAACGCUGUUGUUGUUGUGAAAACUUACACCGUGGAAGUGUACAAAUUCGAGUCAGUAUUAGACGAGAAUUGGCCACUCGAGUACUUUUUCUUCGUUGAUGGAACCGAAUCUCAUUCAUCGAAAGAGGGUCAUGAUUUAAUGGCAACGGAACACGAACACGGUCGUCUUUUCAACGUUUACAUUGUCACCUGCGGUUUUUUUGUCGGGUUUACCACUAAGCACAGUUUCGUGUUCCAUGUAUGGGACCUCCACAAAGGAGGGAAAUUGAAGAGAGUGGGAUGUCCAGUGGUUCUUGACGGUAGGGAAGUUUACUGCAGUUUAGUAGCUUCUGAGAAACAAUCAACAGACUUCGUUGUGGUCGUUAGAUACUCCCAAACACGCGGUUACAAGAUUAAAUUUUAUAUUUACAGUUUGACCCAGUUGAAGUACCUCCCAUUCGAAGUUACCCAUGACUUCCCUAAACGGAACUUUAAAUGUGUUUUGCACGAACAGUACCUAGUGGUUCCGGACGAAACAUUUAUAAACGUGUACAAUUACGUCACAUCAACACGGAUAGCGACUGUGUCAACCGAGGGUUGCGAUAUCCUGUCAGUCGGGGGGAACAUUCUGAUCACGGAGAAAUAUAAAUUGCACGCAAUGUUCAACACAGAAAAUUUACGGAUUGAGCCACUAAGAGUCACGAACACCAACAGAGUUCCGUUGGUAACAACGUUCGGAAAAUGCAUAUCCGAUAGAUUCUUCUACACUAUCGAUAACCACGUAGAAGUACAACUGUGGGAGGUUGGAAAGAAUUCAGAAUCACAUAAACGUUACGUGGAUGCAUUCUUUUAAGCAUUUGGAGUGCUAUAAAAUUUGUAAGUCAGCCGCAAAGCUUGUGUUUAUAUCGUCUUUCUACGGAGAUGUAUUUAAUGUUAUGAGUUUUUGGUAGCGUUAAAAGCAAGACCAUUAUGUCGUCGUGGAAACUUUGUAAAUAAUUUUAAACAUGUCAAUAUUCUUUUUAUUAGCAACCAAUGACAGUAUUAAUAAUGACAAUCCAAAAUCUCUACAUUAGGCAAAUUUCAAAAUGUAAGUAUUGGGUUUUCCUUAAUCUCAGGCUUGCGUUGCCGGUAUAAUAACUAACCUCAAAUCUUGCGCUUCACAACGUGUCGAAAUUGCUUACACGAUUAUUAACUUGAAAUAUUUCGACCUCGCUGUGGUGAGCUAUCUUCAGUAAUCAGACGAUAAACCGAAAUUGCCAAUAAUAAGUAGUCGUCUGUACAGACGAGUUGAAGGGCGGAACUUUCACUUGAUUUUUUUCGAAGCUUGACAAACCAGAGCGAGGCAGAAAUAUUUAAAGAAGUUAGCUGUGUAAGAAAUGAUUCAACGCUGUAAACUAGAGAACUUUAAUGUUAGUUAUUGGUUUCUUGACUGAGAUUUUAGUCUGAAAAAUAAAUUGUUGUACAUGA